AUGCCGGCCUUCUCUCGUCUUGUUCGUUUCCUUGCCAAAGAUGGCUUGGUAUACCACGGAGACGCCAUUCUACCUGCUGGAGUUAGUGAUAUUGCCAAAACAACUAAGGCACGAAUUAUCAAGGGCGAGAUAUUCGGCAACCAUCAAGUCACAGAUCAAGUCCAGGAAGUGAAGAAGCUGCUCUGUCCACUUGGCCGCAAUGACAUUAGGACCGUUCGAUGUCUAGGCCUCAAUUACGCCGAACACGCCAAAGAGUCAAACAUGCCUUUGCCGAAAUAUCCUAUCCUGUUCUUCAAGCCUGUCACAGCAGUUAGUGGACCAACAGAUGACAUUCCAGUCCCACCAAUAGCCCAAGAAUGCGAAGGGUUAGAUUAUGAAUGUGAACUGGUGAUUAUCAUUGGGAAAGAGGCACAUAAUGUACCGAAAUCGAAGGCACUGGAAUACGUACUUGGAUACUCUGUCGGGAACGAUGUCUCCCAUCGAGAGUGGCAGAUUAAGCGUGGAGGCAGCCAGUGGGGGAUAGGGAAGGGUUUCGAUGGAUGGGCACCCUUUGGCCCAGGAAUUGUGUCCUCGAAGAUAAUUCCUGAUCCGAAUGCUCUACGGAUAUCGGCCAAAGUGAAUGGUAAAGUCGUGCAGGACUCAAAUACGAAGGAUAUGAUAUUCGGCGUGGCAGAGACAGUUGCUUUCUUAUCUCAGGGAACAACUUUACUGCCAGGUGAUAUUAUCUUCACCGGAACGUGA